UUAAUAUAAGGCUUAAAGUUCCCGUGUUGUUUCAAACUCUCUCAUGAUGUAUUCGUGGCUGGUGCUUGGCUUGGUGGCGGCGGCGGCAGGGUACGACUAUAGGUCGGACCCCGAAAUCUACCACGAUAAGUGGUGGGGACCUGAGAGCAUUAAAGAAGACACCAGCAUCAGACCCUUCAAGGUCGAAUGGAAGAAGGAGAUGGUUGAAGACUUACUAUACAGGCUAAAUAACAGGCGUCCAAUGACUCCUCCGCUGAAAGGCACCAACUAUAACUACGGCCUGAACACAGACACGAUGAGCUACUGGCUGGACUACUGGGCGAGCAACUACAACUUCACGACGCGGGAAGAGUACUUGAACCAGUAUCCACAGUUCUUAACAAACAUCCAGGGUCUAAAAAUCCACUUUAUCUGGAUCAAACCGGAGGUCCCUAAAGGUAAAUACAGCAUUCCACUUCUGAUGCUGCACGGGUACCCAGGGUCCGUGCGCGAGUUCUACGACGUUAUUGAUGACAUCAUCAAGCCCACUGGCCGGGACUUCGUGGUCGAAGUCGUGAUCCCUAGCUUUCCUGGAUUCGGUUACUCAGAUGCUACCAACUACCCAGGACUCGGUACUGCAGAGAUGGCGUUCAUAUUCGAGAAACUGAUGACCAGAUUGGGUCACGAGCGGUUCUACGUCCACGGGGGAGACGCGGGGGCUGUCAUAGGAAAUAACUUGGCCACCUUCUUCCCUGAAAAAGUUCUAGGUUACCACUCGACCAUGGCUGUGGCGACGACAGAUGAAGCACUGUCUCUCAUCACCGCGGGGUCGGUGUACCCGGCGACCCUCAUGCCAGCCGACCUGAUCAGCCGCUUGUACCCGUUGAAGAACACGUUGCAGUACCUCGCGCAGGACUUCGGCUACUUCCACAUACACACUGCUAAACCUGAUGCUAUUGGAUUGUGCGUCGGCGAAACUCCCACGAGUCUCCUGGGCUGGUUCCUGCAUUUGUUCUCUAUAUUUAGCAGGAGAACUAACGGCGACAAUCCCAUGGGAGGGCUGGAGAUAUACUCCCGCGACCAGAUCAUUGACAACCUUAUGAUCUACUGGGACACUGAGACAGCCACCACCUCCAUCAGAAUGUAUGCGGAAACCAUCAAUUUGAGGAAUCUCCGCUCAGGAUAUUUCAGAGUUCCCACGCCAGUUCCGACUAUCGCUGUGCAAGCUCUGGGCGAGAUAUUUUACAUGCCUCCAGCAGCUCUGAACACCAAGUUCACCAACCUUGUGGCGGUGGACGUCCUCGACGACUACGGACACUUCCUUGCUUUGGAACAGCCGAAAAUCUUUGUGGAGUUGCUGCUCAGUGGUCUACAGAGGAUCAUCCAGUUCAGCAAACAGAACAUGAAUGGAGAUGCAGAAGGCGGCAACUAUGUUUAGUUUGAGCAUUAAAUUGUAUACUUAAGGAAUAUUUCUAGAAAGAAAUGAAUUUAAUUUGAAA